CUGUACUUCAGAUUCUAAAAAUUCCUGAUUUUUGGAUGGUUCAUCCCUGCAUUACCCGGUGCUCUCAGCUUGUGUUUGCUUGCUUGAGUGGAGGAUUACUACCGCUGAUCGAAGUAUUGCUACUGAUGUGCCGUGACUGCAGCCUUUACGACGGUACGGGUCGUCAGUUGCCUGGUCAUCGCACGGACGGGCGGGUAGCCACUCAGUCGCCGCUUCUAGUCGGCUCUUCAUUUGCACUGUGGCAAUCGAAAAUAGCGAUUUUUGUCGCUCGAGGGGACAGAAACCGAACAAACUGA